UUAAUUAAUAAUUAUUAUUCAGUUUUAUAAUGCGAUAAAUCUUCAUUCAACAUUGGUUGUAUAAAAAAUGUUUUUUAUUUUUUGAUUUUAAUUUGAUUUUAACACCAUUCAAUGUGAAAUUAUUGUCUAAAUAAGUGCUAUUCAACGAUUGCCUCUUUAGACUGAAAGAAAAUUCGCUAUUGCUACUGCUGCUGCUGCUGCUGUUAAAGAAGUUGAGCUAGAGACCACAGUCUCGAGCUAGUUAAUUCUGGUACUUAAUCUACGCACCAGCGUCUAAGAAUUUCCUGUCAUGUCUUAAAAGAAUUGCCAUCAUCAUGUCUCAGAGGUUAGAGUUUCUAAACACAAAGGCUGAAAAUACAGAACCGGUUGAAGUUUUUUUAGAAACUAACCAAAACUAUGUUAAUGAUAAUAGUUUUCCAACCACAAUCAACGUUCUCUUUACUGAUGACAAUUCUAUGCUGCCAGCUGAUAUGUCUCAUUUAAAUAGCAACUCUUUGAGUAACAGUAAUGCUGCGAAUACACCAUUGAAAACUGACAUAUCUCAUUUUAAUAGCAACUCAUUGAGUAACAGUGAUUCUGUGAAUAGCCCUCUGCCAUCUGAUGUAUCAUAUUUAAAAAGCAAUUCAUUGAGUAAUGAUGAAGCUGUGAAUAUACCUNUGCAGACCGAUAUAUCUAAUUUAAAGACUAACUUAUUGAAUAGCCACGAGGCUGUAAAUAAAUUUCUACCAACUGAUAUAUCUCAUUUAAAUAACUCAUUGAGUAGUGACGAAACUGUGAAUAUACUGGUACCUACAGAUAUAUCUCAUUUAAACAGUAACUCAUUGAAUAAUGACGAGACUGUGAAUAUAUCGGCACCUACAGAUAUAUCUCAUUUAAAUAAUGACGAGACUGUGAAUAUAUCGGUACCUACAGAUAUAUCUCAUUUAAAUAAUAACUCAAUAAAUAGUGACGAGACUAUAAAUAUACCUGUACCUGCAGAUAUAUCUCAUUUAAACAUCAAUUCAUUGAGUAGCGAUGAAACUGUGAAUAUACCUGUACCUUCAGAUACAUCUCAUUUAAAUAGAAAUUCUUUGAGCAGCAAUGAGGCAGUAAAUACUUCCCUUCAAGAAUCACUCAACAAUACAGAAGUAGAUGUUGUUGACAAACCCACCAGUACUAGUACUAAGCAGAUUGUAUAUUAUAAUAUUGGCGAUAUUGUUUGGGCUAAAAUUGGGAAGUAUCCAUAUUGGCCAAGCAUCGUUUGUAAUGACCCAACAUUGAAUAUUCAUUAUAAAAAAAAAAAAAGAUUCUUAUUACAUGUUCGCUUUUGUAAUGAUAAAGGUAGAAGAAGUUGGGCAACAACAAUUGAAAAAUAUUGUGGAAAAAUGGCAUUACUUUCAAAGCAUCCUAAUUGUUUAAUCUACUUAAAGAAUACUAAAAAGCUUAUAGAAACAUGGAAUUUAGCAGUUGAAGAAGCUGAUAAUUUGAUGAAACUUGAUAGAGAAUUAAGAAUAAUAGAUUUUUUUAAAACAUUUUCUAAUUCAGAUCCUGUUACUCAAUCUGUUUCAAAUAAUUCGUCUGAAGGCAAUGUUACUGCUAUAAAAGUACGUACUUAUUCAAGAAAAAGAUCUCAAACAGUUCCUGAACAAGAUAUUGAUUCCAAGAUAAUGAAGACUGAAGACAUAUCCAUGAAUUGUACAUCAUCAAGAUCAAUAGACAUUCCUCUGCUAUCAAGAUCAGAUGAUGCUGAUAGUACUGUUUCUGAUUUUUCUAUGAGUUAUGCUUUUAUGGAAGAUACAGGUUUAAAAGUUAAACAAGAAAUUGUAAAAAAAAGAAGAUCAACAAAAACAUACCCACCAAAAAAUUCACUUACCAAUAAAUAUGAUUCAACUUAUUCACUAGUGAAUUCUCCAGAAAAUAAUAGUGUAUCUGAUAAUCAGGAUAAAAACCCAAUUAAAACCAAAACAACUACUCAUAUGGUACCUGAACAUAGAAAACUUGAAAUAAGCAUAUUAGAAGGAGAAUAUGAUCAAGAUAAUAUUAUUUUACCUAGUUCUCGUCGUUCAAAAAAAAAAAAUACAACCCAUAUGAAUUCAUCCAAUUCUAAAAAAACAGUAAAAAGAAAAAAACUUAUUGGAAAAGAAAACUCUACUGGAAGAAAGUCAACUACAGUUAAACGCGAAAGUAGCCAAGAACUGGAUACAACAGAAAGUGAAGCUUCUUCUAAAAAUGAAACAUAUAGCUCUGUUUUCUUAAACACUUCAAAAAACAAACAACUUUUUACAAAAACUUGGAAAAGAGCAUGUGUAGUUUGUAAAAACUUAAAAAACACAAUAAAAUGUCUAGGCCCAUGUCAAAGUUAUUUUCAUCAAGAAUGUUUAGAUAAAAGUGAGGAAAGAUAUCAUCAGACCAAAAGUAUACCAAUGAAUAAAAUUAAAAAAUUGCCUGGUCGCCGUAAAAGAAAUUACUCAAAACUCGUACAGAAAAAUGAAGAUUCUAUUUCUGAUAUUCCAGAGCUUAUUAAUAACAUUAAAGAAGAAAACGCUACCAAAUCAUUUAAAGAUGACGAUGAAAUAAAAUCUAAUGGCUUAUCUGAUGCUCAAAAUUCUGGCUAUACUAAUGAAGAAACUAUUUCACUUAAUCAACUUGAAUCGGAUAAUCUAUAUAAAAAUGAUAGUUGCAUUCUUACUGAGAAUGAAAAUACUCAAAGUGAAUUAGGAAGUGUAAAUGAAGAUUCUAUUCAAGGCACUUCUGAAGAAAAACAUGUUGAUACUCCAAUUGUGCCACUAGAUAUUAGUGAAAAAAUACCAUUAGACAAUUUAAAAUAUAUGUGCAGCCUAUGUAAAGCCAAUAAAACGAACUGCUUUAUAUGUGGUUUAGUUAUUGAUGAUUCUGGACAAAAGAUUGUUUGUAAAAUAUCUAGCUGUGGAAAAUAUUAUCAUGAAACUUGUUUAAAUGAUUGGCCACAAUGUCAAUGGACUCAAGAGUUGCGAAAUAAUGUCCGAUGUGUAGUAUGUCCACAUCAUGUUUGUCAUUUAUGCAUAUCGGAUAAUCCUAAAAGUUCAUGUAAAACUCAUUUUCCCGCUGAAAAAUUAUCCCGGUGUAUUAAAUGUCCAACAGCUUAUCAUAGGAGUGAAUACUGUUUACCAGCUGGUUGUCAAGUCUUAACAUACAAUGAUAUUAUUUGUAGUCGUCAUUUUGAACCUGUUAAAAUGCAAAACUAUCAUUAUAAUGCUACUUGGUGUUUUAUUUGUGCAUUAGGAGGUGGUUCAUUAGUAUGUUGUGAUUUGUGUCCAUCUUCAUUUCAUGUUGAUUGUUUAAAUCAGGACCCAUCUGAAUUUGAAGAAGGUUUUACUUGUGAAGAAUGUCAAACUGGACGAUAUCCUUUAUAUGGUGAAAUUGUUUGGGUUAAGAUAGGGAAUUAUAGGUGGUGGCCAGCUGAAAUUGUCUUUCCAAAUCAAGUUCCUGAUGUUGUUAAUGCAAUACCUCAUUCUGUAGGGCAAUUCGCUGUUCGAUUUUUUGGAACCUAUGAUUAUUAUUGGGUGAAUCGUGGACGAGUAUUUAACUUUCAUGAAGGGGAUGAUGAGAAUAUUUUGAAAAAAAAUAAAUUGAAGGUUAUAGAUCAAGUAUUUCAAGAUUCUAUUGUAGAAGCAGCUCAAGCACAUAAUGCUUAUAUUUUAGAAAAAGAAAAAAAUGAUGCAACAGUUGCAAAAUCAUUUACAAAGCCUCCAAAAUUUACAAGAAUAAAAUUCAACAAACCUAUUGGCAAUGUCAAAAAUAUGGAAUUUGAUAUCACUCCAAUGACUCCUUGUGAAUGUGAUCCAACAAAACCAAAUCCAUGUGGCCCAGGUUCUGAUUGUAUAAAUAGAAUGCUUAUGUUUGAAUGUGGACCAAAAGUAUGUCCUGCUGGAAAUAAAUGUAAUAAUCAAAGAUUUGAAAAAACAUUAUACCCGGCUAUGGUCCCAUUUUUGACAAAAGGUAGAGGUUGGGGUCUUAAAACAUUAGAAGAUAUAAAAGAAGGUUCAUUUGUGAUCGAAUAUGUCGGUGAUGUAAUUGAUGAAGAAGAAUUUCAAAGAAGAUGUUUGGAAAUGCAUCAAAGGAAUGAACAAAAUUAUUAUUUUUUGACUAUAGAUAAUUCUAGAACAAUUGAUGCUGGGCCAAAAGGAAAUUUAUCAAGAUUUAUGAAUCAUUCGUGUGAACCAAAUUGUGUGACACAAAAAUGGACAGUGAAUGGAGAUACUAGAAUUGGACUUUUUGCUUUACAUGACAUUCCAACUGGUACAGAACUAGUUUUUGAUUACCGUUUACAGAGUUGCUCAGGAGUAGAGAAAAAGCCUUGUCAAUGUGGAGCUGCAAGAUGUUCUAAAUUUAUUGGAGUCAAAGUGGAAGAAGAGAAAAAGAAAGUAACUUCAAUUAACGAUGUUGAUAAGUGUAAAGGUUCUUCAAAAAACAAACGAAAACCACUAAAACUUAAGGAUAAUGUUUCCGAUUCAGACAAAUCCAAAUCAAUUAAAAACGAUCAAAAAAACUCUACAACUGAAAAUGUGGUAGAAGCAUCUAACGCUGAGAAAGUUGACCUUUCCAAAACAUCCAAAUCAAAAAAAUCUAUUGAAAAACCAUCAACUGCCUUAAAAAAAGAAAAUUCAGAAUCCUCAGAAACAUCAGUUAUGAAAAGGAAGUGGAAGAAAUCAGCUAGGAACAGCACCAAUAUGACCAAAGAUGACAUUACAGUUGAUGAUUCUACGGAAUCGGAAGGAAAUGUUAAUUCAAAAAGAAAGCUAAGGAAUGGUUUGUCUACUCUUUCUUCGAGAAAACUAUUGAUAAAAGAUGAUAUACUGAGUACAGACGAUUCUGUUGUAAUGAAAAAGGAACAGCAACUCGACAGUUUUAAAAAAAAGAAUGUGAUUAAAUCCAAUGCGUUACUUCUGCCAUCACCCAUCUUAACCAAAUUAUCAUCAGCUACAACUGUGUGUACAUCUGAAAAAAAAGCUAAUGAUAUGAAAUCUGACAAAUCUAUUAAAACUCAAGAAAAAUCUCGAAACAAUUUAACUAGAUUAGCAAAAAGCAGACAUUUAUUUCUAUCUAAAAAUAUGAAUAAAGAGACAAAAGUACAGCCUAUUUUACCAAGUAUAAAAGUCAACAAAGAAAAAAAGAAUUUAUCAAAUAUAACAAAAACCAUAAAAAACAGUGGAAAAAUUGUAUUGAAAAAAACUGCUGUUUUAAAAAAAUCUAAAAUAAACCAAGACUUCUUACAGUCCAAAGCAUAUUUCAAAAACAAUUCUUGUUUGAUUUGUGGGAAAGGUCAUACAGAACUAGCGUGCAAAAACAAAAAGUGCCCCAGAGUCUUUCAUCUCAGUUGUAUUAACAAAACUAGAAUUGUGAAAUCCGGAUUCAUUUGCCCCUCUCAUUUCUGUUCUUUAUGCAACAAACGUAAAGUAGUAGCCAAAUGUAAAUUUUGUGUGGAAUCGUUUUGCGCUAUGCAUGUAAAAGGAAACAUAUUUAAAGAUCCGCUGGGUAAUGGUAUGUUGUGCACAACUCAUCAUCCUAACAAACCAUCUCUGCCAAAUAUAAGUAAUCCAGUGAUUCCUGACCCCAAUGUUAGUAGCAAAAUAAAUAUUAUCAAUAAUAAAAAGGAACCCAUUGAUUUUGUGGAUCCUGAUUAUAAUAUGGCGUUAUCAGAAGACUCUGAAGAUAUCGAUGAAGAUUCGUUGAGUAUUGAUAUAGAUGAAAUUAACAAAGAAGAAUAUACACAAACACAGGUUGUCAAGGAUGAGUGUGAUCGUGAAUACAUACAUAUUGGUGGGUUUAAUGUAAGCAAUAUGUCUGAUUUGGUGUCAGAUCAAGGAGAAAACUAUACAGCACCAGUUGAUACAGAUGGUGAUCUUUUCAAGCCAUCAUUAGCCAAUGUUGUUAUUGACAUAGAGUCUGCAUCUGCUUUUUACCAGCCCAUGGACAACCUACAACUAGUGUCUAUUGCCACUGAUAAUAAAGAUAGCCAUGACUAUGCCAAUGUAAAUUUUAUAACUGAAGCUAAUCAAACAAAAAACAAAUGGCUAGCAGCUGAACCUUAAUGUCAAGAAGUCAAAUAUCUAGUAUUAUUUUGUUAAUCUUUUGACAAGAAAUAUUAAUGUAAUCCUCCUUUUUCAAAAACGUUAGUUACCUAA